AUGGCCUCACGCAAAGAGAUAUUAAGCAUUUCGGGUCCCCCUCCAAUUCCAGUAUUUGAAUGGAACAAUUUGUACCACCGAGCGUCGUUGAUAUCAUGUUUGGUGCAAGGAGUCUACACAAUCGAACGAGACAGACAACAAAACCGUUAUGGUUCCAACGCAGUAGCUAGUCCUUGGUGGAUGUUUUACAAUUUCACGUUAAUUCAACAACUUAUAGGGACUCAUCUGAACAACGUCACUUACCAUAAUACCCCCAACUCUAAAGCACAUAUAUUACCUCCGCGUUACGUGAUUGCGUUACGUGGAACAAUACUAACGCCACAAACUAUGGCUUGUGAUGUGAAACUUAACAUCCGAACUAUGGCUUGUGAUGUGAAACUUAACAUCCCUUUCGCCUUCGAAAACCUCCACCGCGGGGGCAGGUUUAUACAAGCCAUUCAAGCAAUCCAAAAUCUGGUUACCACAUGUAGAAACAGAGCUGUCUGGAUCGCUGGACAUUCUCUAGGAGCUGGCCUAGCACUACUCGCAGGGAAGAUCAUUGCUAUGUACGGACGCCCCGUCGAAGCUUACAUCUUCAACCCGCCUAUCUCCUUGAUUCCUCUUGAGCAGCUAGUUGAGAGCGAGGAUCUUAAAUGUGCGGUCAGACUCAUCGGAGAUAUCGUCAAAGCCGGCAUAGCAAGAGUCUUAGACCUAAAUGAGGGUCAAGGAAGCCAUCUAUUUAUGAAUUUAGCUUCCUGGAGACCUCAUUUGUUUGUGAACCAAUCAGAUCCAAUCUGCUCAGAAUAUAUUGGUUAUUUCAAUCACAGAGGCGAUAUGGGUGAGCUACGACUCGGCAGGAUCGAGAGGUUGGCUAGAUACUCGAUUAGGAAAAUAUUGUUCGGAGGGGGAGGACAAAGUUCAUCCUCGUCGUAUUCUUCAGAAGAGCAUCUUCAUUUUCUUCCGUCGGCCUUUGUGAUGGUGAACACAUUCAUAUCACCGGAUUUUCAGACAGAUCAUGGGAUUCAUCAAUGGUGGAAUCCUUUGCUCGGACAUUAUUCAUACCAAUUUAGUGUAUGA